GGGAACAGAUAUCAUGUCCUUGUUUAAUAGAUACGUAGAUUAAGUAUGUGUCUUUCCAAUGUGACCAUUUUGCCAGAAUUUCUUAUUUCUAUAUUGGACCUACUCAAGUAGAAGAGUCACGGUUUUUUUAAAGAUCUUUUAUCCGUAACAAAACGCUUCUCUCUCGCCAGUCGGCCCCAAGACGGUCAACAUGAGUGUGAUAGCCGACACCGCUCGAAUCCCUGACCUGACAAACUGGACCGAUGAUGUCGUGGAAAAUAGGACAGCGUAUGGGUGUGGAAAUGCCAGGUUCACUGUCCAAGAAUGGACAAUGGUCAAUCUACCCAUAGCGGCUGUGAUCAUCCUCUUCUUUGGUUUCUUUCAACCUCGAACACGACUAUGGCCUGGAUGCUGCAGCGGACGACCCAGUGUAGCUUAUCCUGUCAACUUACUGGACUCGUAUUCCGAUCGGCUUGCCUUCGUGUGUGCGUUCGGUAUCACGUGUAUAGGUAUCCUUGAUCUCUUCACCGGUAAUUAUUACGUCGAACCCAACUACGAUGACAUGCCCGAGAUGGUACGAGGUGCUGUACGUAGCUGCAUGGCCUAUGUAAACGUGUUUGCCAUUGGACUAGCUCAUUAUCCAAUCAUGAUAUGUCUAACAGUACAAGCCUGGGUGGUUAGUGACGUCAUCGGAAUACUUUACACAUUAGAAUGGGCAUUUUUCUAUUACUACUCUUUGGCGGAAUGCCCGUGGGGAGAAUCUGACGAGGGCAAUGUGAACAAUCUCAUUCUGUUACCAAUCUAUCUCUGUUACAUCAUUCUACUGGUUCUCUUCAUCAAGAGGAUGUACAAAAAUUACACGAUCAGGAAAAAGGUUAGACAGGGUCUGGAAGUAGAGAUCCAUGAUUAUGAAGAAGACUUCGUGAAAACACACUUCUAUCAGCGAGUCAAAUAUUUACUAACACCAAAGGAUGAAUGGGAAAGAGACAAGAAAGAACCUGGAUCAUGCCGGAAGUUUUGGAACAGAUUCUAUGAGGAUGAACCAGGUUUUCGAUUUUCCCGUCGUAUCAUCUGCACCAUAGCCCUGAGUGGACUGUGUUUAUUUUGUGUUGGAAUUAUUUAUGAAGCCAGCGGGGUUUACCUGGAACGAUGGGCUGCUGAAACAUUUGUAGAAAACGGAUCACUGUAUAACUACCUCGUUGAAAGCAAUAGCACCGAUUCUUUCUACACGUUUAAGGAAAUUGCAGAUUCAUUUGCCUAUUCAUUUUCACCGACAACAUUCGUAGCGAUGGGGGUGAUGAUCUGCUAUAAUAUGGUUACAUUUAUUGCAUAUAGGAGAAACACUCUCAGGUUAUGGCGAGGGGAUAAAUCAUUUUGCCCGAAAGAGGACUUUGGGAACACAACCUUAGUGGUCUGUAGUCUGAAGUAUUCAGGGUAUCACAUCGCGUUUGUUCUAUGGGGUUUUAUUCUGCUCCAGUUGACACUAUGGCUUUUAACCUUCCUAACCAUCUAUCUUCUCGUCCUACCUAUCAUUAACAAGGAACGAAAUUGGGCUUGGACGCUUAUCAGGAAUCAAUGGUUGUCCGUAGUUGUAUAUAUGGUUGUGUAUUACAGUCAGGUGAUCUCAGCGAAAUUUCUAUUUCUUCAGCAGCGAGGCAAAGAGCUCAGUAUAGAUAAUAGACGACUUUUCCAUGUCCAAGUGUAUUUCUUCUUCUUUGUCAACGUCAUCAUCGGUUUGGCAUCCUGCCUUCUUCGGAUAUUCAAGUCGGUCCUUUUCGGUUUACUAUUGGUUGGGCGGAUAGACCGGUGUUUAUUGAUGAGGGGAUUCGAGUUAUAUGACUCAGGUUACAAGGCGUAUUUAGGAUUUCUACAACUGGAAGUAGCUCACACUCAUCCUAUUGUGAUUACAUUCUGCCAUUAUCUUCUAAAAACCCAGAGGGAUAGGAAAGAAAAGGUCUUUGAAUUCACUGAAGAUGAAGAAGUUGAUAUUCCGAUUCCAAAAAGAGUUAAUGUAAGAGCGCGAAAUCGUUGGUACCUUGUCUAUACCUUAAUACGUAACAACCGUCUGCUUGCCGAACGAUUCGAUGCCAUACUCAUCGCAAAGAGAGACGAAGUCAAGAGACAAAUCGAAGAAGAGAAACAGAAGAAGGAUGAGAAAGUGAUGAAGGAAGCGGUGACAACGUUCAUCAAUGAUGACGUCGUCAGCAGCGACGGAGUUGGCGAAGAGGUGAGAACGGGCGAUGACGGUGGCGAUGCCGUAGAUGAGGUCGCUUGCAUGAACUCGUCAAAUUUCAAGUUGAAAGAUAUGGAUAGUACAAGAGAUGGUGAACGAUUGGCGCUUUUAGAUAAUUCAGCCGCCAAUUCAAGGACUAGCUAUAAUGCAAUACAUCCGAAAUAAAAGAAUUCCAAGGCAAGGGUCGUAUCGGUUACAUCAUCAACAGCUAAAAUCGAAGACGAGCGGGAAACGAACUUGACGACGACGUCGGAUUACGAUCCAAGCUCGGGGGCGUCACACUCUGACUCGUCACCGCUGCCGCGUUCGGGAUCGCCUACACAGACGUGGUCGACGAUCAGCAUACUAGAAAGCCCCCAAAUCACACCAUCGCCAUCUCCUGUGAAUGAGACCAAGGCUGACGACGGCAUCAAGAAAGAAAAUGGGAAUAUGUCGGAUGAGACUGGGUCGCCUGGUUCAAAUGGAUCGCAAGUGAGUUUAAUAAAACAUGAAGAUGAAGUCUCAAACUCUUCGGCCAGUUCUCUCGUCAUUGAGGAUGAAGAGAUGAACUUACCAGGCACACCUGUACGAGAACAAGAACAACACAUAAUGAUAAAGAAUGAUUGAUGAUUUGAAAUUUUGCAUUUUAUCAUACGAUCAACAGAUGAAGGAUAUAUAAUAACUGGGAUGAGAAAGCAAAAUACUUAAUGUUCGCUUACUACGAAUGUGUAAAGUUAAUGCAGAAAUGGCGAGUCAUGUUUACGGUCUACACCGGCGACUUCCCAUAGAGCUUUCCCUGUGGAAUAUUUCAGCAAUGCAAAAUUGAGUAUGAUAGGGAAAAACAUGUCGUAAAACCGACCGGCGCUGGACAAUGUCAAUAUCCAUUUAUUUUCUGGGCAGCAUUUUCAUCAACAUUUUUCGUCCGACAAGUUAUCAGAUGAACAACUUUUUUUUUUUAAUUCGAUUGGCGGAGAAGCACUGUUACUAUGGGAACUGCCUAAUAAAUUCUUGUCAGAUAAAACAUCCGACAAGACCUUUUAUGAAACGCUGCCCUGAUCAUGAAUUUCAUGUAAUUUCAAUCGCAUUCUACGCUGCGGUGGACAUGGUGGAUUAUUUUAGGGGCCUAUAGACCACAAUCUCGCAGACUACGGACUGAUGCUAAAAAAGCGUCCAUGAAUUUAUUUUCAGGCAAACUAAGUUAAUGUUGCCAUUUUUAGUUGCCGUGUACAUACUGAUUGAAGAGCAUGGAUCAUCCGCAAUAUUAGUAUAUUUAAAUCAGCCACAAUCUACGUAUUGACAUUUUCGUAUUUGUGUGUGUUUUUUUAACAUAUGAAUUUAUAUACGACUAUAAUUCUAUUUUGUUCACUAUCAUAUCAGUGAACAAAGUUGGAUUCACUUCUUUUGGAUUAAGUGCAUGGUUUGUAGCCCCCCCCCCCCGUUAUAACGAAAAAAAAUGUCUGUCUUUUACGUGAACCUACAUGUAUCUUGAAAGAGUUUCAGACAACUUUAUGAACUUUUAUCCGAUGCCAAUUACUCUAGAAAUAUAAUGACAAUAAAACAGUCACUGUGCAUUGCUGUGAGAUGUGAAUUUUCAGAAAGGGACGGGUCGACGACGUAUAGGAGUGCAAACUGCAAACUCAACUUUUGCAGCAGCUGUGUCAUUUGUGAUAAGUAUAAAUAGUUCCAUUCAAAUUAUAGUCAUGUCGAAGCUGGGGCUGACCGGUGUUUUCAUUCAGUUUUAUGUAACGCUGAGUUCAUACGCUGCGAUUCAUUCUUAGAUCAAAAUAUCUCAAGAUAUUGUGCUAAAAUUCACCCUUUUCAUACUUUACACGUUUAUAACGUGUCUUAGGUUCAUUUGGUUUAUUUCCUCUGAAUUGAUUUGUAGUUUAUAUAGUGAUCCAAAUUUCAAAAAGAAGAUGGAGUAAUAAGUUUGAUAAUAAAUCAUUAAGUUAAAAGACUGUCA